ACCCUCGCGCUGACCGCCAUGUGGCCUCCGCCGCGGCUCGCGGCCCCCGCCACUGGUGGUCACGUGACCGUCACGGCGAGGAAGCCGCGGGGUCGGCGGCUCAGCGGUAAAUCCACCACCACCACCACCACCGCUUCACUCGGCUGCGGCUCCAAGCCAAACAACAUCCGCGGCGCCACCGCCGCAGCCGGCGGAGGGAGCAAAAUGGAGGCCGCCGCCGCCGUCGCCCCCUCCGGUCUCCGGGCGAGCUUCCUCGACGUCCUCCUCAGCCGCCGUCGUAACCUCCAAGUGGCUCUCACGGUGGAGCCCGGGAGCCCGGUGAAGCGCCCGCUGUACCAGGGGAGGCCGCCGAUGGGGCGGAGCGAGGCCAUGGAAUCGUGCCCGAGGAAAGGGGUGGUGAACUCCAAGGAGAAGUUGGUUGAAGAAAAUUUCUACCUGAUUACUGAGUCAGGUGAACAAGGGCGUGUACCUGUGCUUCUUCUGAAACUUAACGAUACAACCCCUAAAAGAAAACCAGUUAUUGUAUUCCUGCACAGCUCAUAUAAAUGCAAGGAAUGGCUGCGUCCACUGCUUGAGGCAUAUGCCUCCAGAGGCUACAUUUCUGUUGCCAUCGAUUCUCGCUAUCACGGUGAAAGGGCCAACAAUAACAGCACUUACAUAGAUGCACUAAAAUCAGCUUGGAGGAAUGGGGAUGCAAUGCCUUUCAUUCUUGACACGGUGUGGGACUUGAUAAAGCUUGGAGAUCAUCUCAGUGAACGGGAGGAUGUUGAUCCCUGUAGGAUUGGGAUUACCGGUGAAUCACUUGGAGGAAUGCAUGCAUGGUUUGCUGCUGUUGUGGAUACACGGUAUAGUGUUGUUGUUCCUAUAAUUGGUGUUCAGGGAUUUCGAUGGGCCAUAGAUAAUAACAAGUGGCAAGCUAGAGUUGAUAGUAUCAAACCUCUAUUUGAAGAGGCAAGAAUUGAUCUAGGGAAGAGUGAAAUAGAUACAGAAGUUGUAGAAAAGGUGUGGGACAAGAUAGCACCUGGUCUGGACUCACAAUUUGAUGCGCCCUUUUCACUCCCUGUAAUUGCACCACGGCCACUUCUCCUCCUGAAUGGUGCUGAAGACCCUCGAUGCCCAGUACUUGGUUUACAGGAACCUGUUUCCAGAGCUGCUAAGGCUUAUGAAGAAGUUGGUUCUGCAGAUAAGUUCAUGUUCAUUGCAGAGCCAGGAAUUGGCCAUCAAAUGACAGCGAACAUGGUGAAGGAAGCAAGUGAUUGGUUUGAUCGCUUCCUUUAGAGGGUUAUGUAUAUGUUCCGAAUACUCUUAUUAUACCACAUCGUGAGGGAAAGGCAUACUCUACAACAAGUUGUCUCAGUUUAUAAUUGCUUAUAUUGAAUAUAUGACUGGAAUCGAUUCAAUUUCAUCACCAUCUAAUUUGUAGUCUACAUACCCUAAUAAUUGCCAAAGGAGAAACAUUUUGUAGCAUGUAGGCAUUUCACAGUUUGAGAAUACAGAAGUUGGGAGGAAGAUUAUUUAUCUGUCAAGGUUCUGAUGAGAAAGACUGAUAGUAGACUAUUGCUCUGAAGUGCUACUAGAGCAAAUCUAAA